CGCAGGUCUCUCCGUCUUUUGUUGGAAGGGAAUGACUGGCGUUUUUAAUGCUCUCCGCUCCAGCAUCGCUACAUUUCUAGUCGAAUCCUCUGAAUAAAGUACAGAGGCCGGAUUCAACUCUUGAAGAGGAUUUGGUGAUUGAAGACGGUGUGCCGAAGCGGUCGAUUGUGUGAUCAGAGCGUUUGGAAACUUCUUCGAUAACCCAUCAUGGCUGAUCUGGAUACUGAUUUCACCAGUGGAGAUGCUGGAGCUUCCCUGACCUUUCCCAUGCAGUGCAGUGCCCUGCGGAAGAACGGCUUUGUGGUGCUCAAGGGACGUCCAUGCAAAAUUGUGGAGAUGUCUACCUCCAAGACUGGCAAGCAUGGACAUGCCAAGGUGCACAUGGUUGGAAUUGACAUAUUUACUGGAAAGAAAAAUGAAGAUAUCUGUCCCUCCACCCACAACAUGGACGUUCCUAACAUCAAGAGACAGGAUUACCAAUUGGUUGGCAUUAUCGAUGGUUACCUUUCCCUUAUGAAGGACAAUGGAGACUUGCGUGAUGACCUCAAGCUGCCUGAAGGCGAUCUGGGCAAAGAAAUAGAGAGCAAAUUUGAAUCUGGAGAUGAAUUUCUGGUCUCUGUUUUGGCUGCCAUGGGGGAAGAGUGUCCCAUCGCCAUCAAGCCCAUGAGCUCAUAAUGAACCGAAGCUGACCAGCUGGUUGAGUGAGGGCCUCCAUACCACAAAUAUUACAUUUUAGUUCUUAAAAAAACAAAAAGUCACCAAAGCCACAGCCUUCACACACACCACCCAGAAUUGGUUCUGUUAAACAGUAAAGAUGCUGGACCUUUUGACCCGUCUCAUGAGGUUUUGUCUAAUCAGCAUAAUUCCACAUCACCAAGGGUUUCCUGCACGCUUGUUAUUUUGCCCCCUGUUCAUUCCAUUUUCAUUAUUCCAAUGCACUUUUACCAUUCAUUAUUAAAGAUGAGAAUAUUUUUUUUUAAUUCUCGAAUUAUUGCAGAAACCUUUUUAUCCAUGCCGACGGGCCUUAAAACUGUUGCAGAUCAGGCAGCAAACAUAAGAUUUACCUCUGUGAAUGACACUGACUGGUUUGCCGGCGUUUGGUACAUCAACGUUUGUGCCAAAGCCUGUGUGUCUCAGGUAGGCUAGGGUUUGUCUGACAGCUUGGCACUGAUUGGGGCGACCGACAACUAGCAAUCCUAAGGCAGAAUAUGGACUAAAACUUUUACUGACAUUAAAUCCAGACCAAAUAUUCUUUGUUUUUUGGGGAAGUAAUCCUGUGUAGUUUGACUCCACUUGACGGUUUGAGCAGGUUUUUUUUUUUCUUUUUUAAGUUUACAGCAUUUCCCCUCAUCCAUAAUUAACAUUUAUUUUGGUAGUGACAGCAAUAACCCAGCAUUUUUAUGUUUUGGUAGUAGUAAGGGAGAAUGAUUAUAAGAAGGGCCGUUGAGCUUUACACUGGCUAACCUGCUGUAAGUCAGCAGUAAUGGACGCCCUCUGUAACAAACUCUGUUUACAGUAGCUUUGCUAUACAACAAAUUUUUAUUCCGCAGAAAUUAGUUUAUUUUUUUGUACUUGCACACAGACACAGUGUGCGCACUAAAGGGCUUUAGCAUCAACACUUCUAUAUUCACUUCUUUCUGAUAUAAGAGUAUUAGUAGUUUUUUUUCCCCCUAUUACAGUUUACGAUUGGCUUGUGUAGUAUUUUGCCGUAUAAAACUUUUAAUUUACUCUUGAGAUUCCAUUUUUGAUGUAGAGAUGAGUUGCUUUUCUAUCUUUGCAUUUGGCUUUUCCUAGUGUUAGUUUUGAUUUUUCCUUUUGGUAAUUGUUUACUGUGCGAUGGCUCAGCAAAAUGAAAAGGCACUUGUUGGGCAGAAUGUUUUUUUAGAGGUAUUUUCAUCACCUGUUUCGACUAGUUGAUGUUAUUGUAAAGUUAGCUCUCGUAUAAACAGUAGCCGUAGAUCUGAGAGCUCAAGUAGGUGGAAAGUGUUGUAUGACUGUACAGUAUUUCAGACGCAUAUCAUACUCUGCGAGUCUCUCAGGUUUCCAGUGUUUGGUUAUUUUGCUGUUUGUAGUAUUGGUCCUAAUUCUAAAAUACCUCUCUAUUUUUUUUUCUGCAAAACAUGUAUUCAUACCUGCAAGAGAAUCACAUGCUUUUUUAUUUGUCGCAUGCAUGUUAUCGGUUCAUUUCCUAAAUUCAGCAGCUUGACUAUCAGUGACGGGCAGAAAGAAGAAAUGUGGGCUUUGUUACCAUUUCAAACUGUGAGAAGGUGCUUUGUCAGACAUGAAAUGAUCGAGAAAUUAUAGUGUUUGAGUUUUUCCACACAGCUAGUUGAAUGAAGCGUAAGAAGCCACAGUUUUUGGAUAUGAGGGGAGCAAUUAUAAUAAACUCAACUGAAAAACUAAA